UAUUCCCGCGGAUGUUUACGGCUGGCAUGUUAAAUGGCAAUGAACAUGGACGUGGCGCAGGCGUCCGAGGUGAUGAUCGACACUCGUCCCUCGACGUCGGCGGAUUUGCCACCCGACGACGCUAGUUCCUCGGGCGGGACCCACGGCGAGCUGUUGACGCGCGAGGGGCCCGUCGAUGACGCGCGACCGACGACGAGCAACGGGAACGGCGACACGGGGAAGAGGUGCAAGGAGACUGCGAGGAGUAUAUCGCAGGCGGACGAUAGUCCGCGCGCACUGCAGACCCCGUUGGCCUUCACCAUCGACUUCGGCGACAAGGAGGUGGACGCGGCGAGGUAUCAGAACCUGUUCGAGAGAUACAACGCCAGGCACAGGCGGAAUCUCUCUACGUCUAAGGUAGAAGUAAAAUCAAAGAAGCCGAACACUAUACUGUCUCCAAGCUUGGUGCAGAAGCAGAAAGUUCCUAGCACUCAUUCAGAGGGUUACUUUAGCAGCGAGGAUGAUACAAAGCGAAAAACUGACCAAUUAUCAGAAAGACUUAAACAAUUAGGUGUCAAGAAUCCUUCAAGAGCACAUUCUAGCACAAAACAAUCUAUAAAAGAACAAGUAGAUCCCUCUUGUCAAAAUGAACAGUAUUUAAUGACAAGAUCUUGCGAUGAUGAAUUACGUUACAGCAAACUUCCAUCUCAAGGCCUCUCUUUAGAACUUGAAACCAACGAAAACGUAUAUUGGACAUCCCAAAGGUCUGCGACGAUAAACGAUUUAAGUCGCAUUCAGAUGAACAAUUACGAUGACGAAAAUGAAAAGCGAUAUACGAAAAACAUAGAGUAUAUCGACGUUAAUCACGAGUGCAAGGAGGUAAACAAUGUAGAGGAGGACAACAAAGUGUCCAACAUGAAUUAUCUCACCGAUGAUUUCAAUGUAAAGAAUACGAAUGAGAGGGAGAACAGUUUGUCGAGCGAUCAGAGAGACCAAUUGGUUAAUUACGCAAUGGAUCUAAACGCGGAUAAUGUCACGGAUGCUAAUCUAGAUGUAUUUAACGUCAGCAACAUCGACGCCAGUUCCGACGGUGCAGUGAGCGAGGCUGGGACAUACACGAUUCAUAAGGACUAUACUGAUGAGGAGAAAGCGAGAAUGGAUAUCGACAAAGUUUUCAGUGUUGGUGUUUUAACUGAGGAUGAAAGCAAUGAGGCAUACGUUCACAAUUUUAAGAUGAGCAUUUCGCGCGAUAAUAAUGCAUGGAUAUCUGAAUGGGCCACUCAAGUGGCGGAACAUAACUCUCUACCUCCGAUAAUAGGCGGCUCGACGAGUCGUACGCCGCCUCUGAGUCCCACCAAGAUACCAUCUCCAAUUCAUGCCAGAUCUCAACGAAUGGCACGUAAUCGCUAUGAACAAUCGCCUGAUAGUAAUCUAGACGCGGACUCGUAUAUACGAAUAAAAGAAAGGCUCGGUUUAGUUUCAAAUCAGCAUCAAAUUAUAGACUCUGGUGGAGAAUCCGAUGAAGACACCAGUAACAGUUACAAUACGCCGCCUAACAGCUCACAACGUACGCCUGUACAUAGUACCGUAGUUAGACGUGGCAGCUUAUCCGAGUCAUUGUUUCGGCGAGCAAACAACAAUGAAAAUAGGCGAAGCGUCCGAAAAUACUUAAGUUCAACUAAAUCAAAGACUGCUGAUACCAAUGUAGAAUUAUUGAAAAGCCCGUCCCAAAUCGUGUCACCUCUCCACUUUGAGAGAAGAAGUAGCUCUCUAGAUAGGAAAGAAUAUGCUUCUGAUACAAUAGAAUCUAAUACGUCCAAAAGAAAUAGCGCAAAGUACAAGGAAGAUUUUAAACAUACAAAUAGUCCUAUUUUAAGUCGUCUUAGACCACCUACACCAAAAUUGACUAAUAGUCCGAUUGUUAGCCGUAAGGCUACUACAACGAAGAUUCUCAGUUCUCCUAUGUUGGAAAGACCUAAGCAUUUAGCAAAAUCGUCACAAGUGAAAAAUAUUGGAUAUUUUACAUGCAUCGAAAAUAGUCCGUACAUGCUGAGAAAAUCUAACAGCACUACAAACUAUCAUGAAGGGGUUAGUUAUUUUGAUAAAGAUUUGGCUAUUAAAGCUGGCAUGCUGCAAAACAGUCCAGAGCUUCAACGGCAUCUCAAUAUACAAAGGUCAUCGAGUAACGCGAGUAUUAGAAACAUGAAGUCGCAAAAUCUUGUGUCGCGUCACAGCAGUUUCAAUAAUAGCGACAUUGAUAGAAUAUCGUCGAAAGGAAAAUAUGCCUCUGUUGUUGCCUCCGAUAGUAGUAGCGAAACUGGUGAACAAGAAAGACAAAGAAAAUCUCCUCUGACGCCAAUCUCAUCUGGAAUUAAGUUAAAUAGGGCUUUCAGCAUAAGAAGAGCAAGAUUAAAUUGUGAUUCCGAUACAACGCCGAAUACAACCCCCGAAGAAAGACGUAGAAGAGCGCAGUCCGAAAUUAAGACUGUCGCACAUGUGAACAAGCAGCAAAAUUAUCAUCGUAUUCGCACAAGUAGCGUCGGAGCGCACAGCAAAGAAUUAUCGAAGAAACCGGAGACAACGAAAUUCAGAGUACCAUCUAUAUCUAGAACCGAUACCGGAAGAUUUAGUAUGAGAGCUCUAAAACCGACUCAUCAUCCUCCUGGUAAUCAAAAAACGAAUCAGAAGUCAAGCAAAGAUCACAAGAAGCCGUCUGGCAGAAGUAAUUCCACUCUUACAUCCAAAGAAGUGGAGUUUCAGAAUUGGAAGAGGCGGAAAAGUUACGAUCCGAUGAAAGCAGCGGCUGAAGGAAGAAAGAAAUUAAUAGAUAGUACAAAAAAGCAUCAUAGUACUGAGGAUGGUUCCGGCAACCAUGAUGGUUCCGUGUUAAGAUCGGCAAGUUUUCAUGGCACGGGAGGUGCUCUCUCAUUAGCCAAUGAUUGGUCAGAUAAUGAAUUAAAUUAUUGUUAUGAGGACAAUCAAGUACCACCACCUAGUAGUCCACAAUUGGAGAGCGACAGUGAUUUAGAAACUUCGUCUUAUCUACAAACGACUCAGAAUGUUGUAUCCGCGAUGUCCGCUCGCAUGACGGGAUACCGUCCUCCACUUGUUUCCGAUAACGAGAGCGACGAAGACACGAGUCGUAGCCUACAUCAGAAUAUAUCGAAAGGAUUACGCCAUCCGAGCGAUACGGAGAGCAGCGAUGAACAGCAUCCUAUGCCACAAUCUCCAAUCUCCAGUACUAAAUACAGCAAAGAAUUUAAUUUGCCUAAAGCAAAGUUGGAUCUGCAACGAACAAAACCUAUGUCUUCCAAUAUGAAUAAAGCGAAAAAUAUAUUGCAUGAUGCACAUAACAAGUCUGAAUCGCUUUCUAAUAUCAAUAGAACUGAUUCAGGACGACCUAAUACGCGAGUUAACAGAGGUUUGAGCAUGGGGCCUAAAACCAAACCAAAGGAACCAAAAAAGCCUUCAGCCUUGAAUGUUCGGGAAGUCGAGAUGCAAAAUUGGAAACGUCGCAAGAGCUACGAUCCCAUGAAAGCCGCUAUGGAAGGGCGGAGAAAAGCUGGCUUGGCGAAAAAAAAUGCAACUCUGUCACCGAGGACCCAUAGUGAUCGGUAAUCUAAAAAUAAUAUGGCAAACAAGCAAGUGUCACGUAGCAAGAUCACAGAGUUUUCAUGGAUCAGUAGGAUUAGCAGUCAGCGAUUGGAGCGACGAAGAACCAGUCAUAUCCGCAGAUGAAGGUCCACUUUACUAGAAUUAUUUCAGAGUCUGGUGAGUAACACGAAAACCGAGCACAUACGUGAAAAUGAAAUAAAGCCAAUUACAAAAAUUCUUAUAUAAAAAUUAGGCAAAAAUGAGCGAAUUUUACAAGAUAUUAUAGGAACUAAGCACUCCUAUAUCUAAAUAUAAAUAUAUUGAAAAGGAUUGUGUGUGGUUGAUAACUCUAACUAAAGAAACUUUUCUAUAUUAUUAAUUCGUGAGCUGUCAAUUGCCCAUACAAUUGCUAAAUCCUGAUUUACAAAAAUGCGCUUCCUAAAAGUGAUACUUAAAAAUUAUAUGAUGAAAAAUUAUAUUACAAUAUUAGCAUUGAAACGUCCAAUUGUUUGUGAUUAAUUUGUACAAGAUGUCUUUUCUUCUUAAAUCAUUUUGUACUUUUUGUUAUGUAAAAUUUAAAAUAUUGCCUAAGUAUAGAGAAUAUUUUAUGUGUACAAUAAUAUCUAAAAAAAAAAGAAUAUGAAUAAAAUGAUGUGUUAAUUAUCAAGCAAGAAUAAUACGGUAUUCAAUUUAUAAUAAGGAGUGCUACAUACAAAGAAAUAUACAUAUGUGUGUCAUUGGUUUUUUUAUUAUGAUUGGACCAAUUGUGUAGCGUUCAAUGUACAAAUCUUUUUAUCUAUGUAAACGUAUUUUGUUUCACGUUGGUGCAGGCUAAUUAUGAUAUAUUAUUCAUUUGAAUAAUAAUUUAUAUAAAGCGUAUUUUCUCGUUAAGAGAAAGAGCGAACGCGCGAGAAAAUUUUAGAUUUAUCUGUCUUUCUUUGUCAUGAUCGAAUUGUGUACGUUACAUUGUAUGUUAUAACGAAAUACGAACUUACAUUGAUAUUCUAGAUUUUUUUCUGCAAAUAUAACUGUUAACAUAGAAAGAACGAUGUGCUACGCUCUCUCCCAAAGCGCGCUCUCUUCCAAUGAAUUAUAGUAAAUAUUUUUUCUCUACGAUAUAAUUUAAUGUGAUCAUAAAGGGCUUUACAAUGAUCUUAAUUAUUAAGGUGUGUGUAUGUAUAUACAUACAUAUAUAUAUAUAUAUAUAUAUAUAUAUAUAUAUCACUGUCGAUCGAUUUUAUUGUACAUUCUUUUCCUCGAUUUUACUUAAGAACUAACAGGAUAUGUUUUUCAAUUUGAUUUGAAAACAUUGAAUUGUUUCUAUAAUAUACUCGACCAGGUAAUAUUAAAUGACACUGACAUAACAUAAGACGUAUUUUAUACAUAAGUACUUGUUCACAAAGGAUUGUAUCACUUGUUCAUCAUACAUGCUUGUUGUUUCAAUAUAAAUUUAAUGAAAAUUUUAUCUGAAUUUCCUGGAGAAUUUCGUAAAAUUUAUACAAAUUUGUUGUGCAUAUCGCAAGCAUUAUGAUAAAGAAUUAUAUAGGGAGUUAAUGCUCCCUUUAUUGCAUAAUUUUUAAAAGAUUAUUUCAGUAUACUAUUUUUGCAUUUUCUUUAAAAUAUUUAACAUAAAAAAAAAUUUAAAUUGAGAAAUUUAUCUAUUUUUUUAUUGUUUUAAUUCACAGUUCAUUGAUUUAUGUUUCUCAAACUAUGGAAUUGUGCAAUAAAGGUCGUAGAAGAAUGUGAUAUUAUGACAGGAUUAGAAAAUUAUUGUGUUAAAUAUGUAGUAAUGCGGAUUUCUUUGUUAAAAAUUAAUAGACAAUUGUAUAAUAGUUUCUCUAAUUAAUUUUCUAUUAUACAUUUGGUUCUAAAAAUGUUCAAUUCUGUAAUAUUAUUUAAAGUUUGUUAAUAAUGUUACGAAGAUUAUAGAAAUUAUGGUGUGCUUCUAUUAUUAUUAUUCUAAUAUUUUUAAAUUAUUCAAUUAAUUAUUUAGAUUAAAAUUAUUUUAAAAAUUGUGUCUUUGAAAUGCAUCCUGCAUUUUAUGAAACUGACAUUUGAUAGAAUUUAUUAUGUUUUGCACAAUUACAUGCCGCGUAUAUUGGAAGUUAAUCCUUCUUGUCUUUUUUUAUGAACUUAUACGUGUAAUUGAAAUUUCUUGCAAACGUACAAAUUUCUCGUGGCGCACUUAAGUAUUUAUUUCGCGUUCUUGUUCUUUCUUUGAAAAGAAAUGGGCUUCCAAUGUGCACACAAAAACAGAAACCAUUACAUUUUCAAGAUAGAUACAUUAAAAUACAUGAGACGAUAUAUUACUUUAUUUUUAUUUUGUAACUGGAAAUAUGAGGAUUAUUGAGGCAAAGUAGAUAUUUUCAAUUGUGAAUUUAUUUUUCUUGAAAAAUGUAAUUUCAUUUAACACAAAGAAAUCUCAAUUAUUUCUGAUACCUGUUGCUCAAUCCUCACCUUUCCAGAUCAAUUUAAUAAAUUUUUUAGCCGAUUAUUAAUCGAAUUUUAGUUUUCUUAUCAUUAAUGAUGCUGUAUAUCAAAAUGUUUUAUAUUAUUACGAUCUGAAUCGUUUUAUCUCUAUGCUGUAACACAUAAUUGUUGUAGUGUAUAAGAUAUAUGUAUUUCACAUCUUGUUUUGUCACAUAAAAAGAGAAACGAGUGCAUAUAUGCAAUAACAAUGCGAUAUAUUUUUGUAUAUUCAGAGCCUACAGCAGUAAGCGCGUGUUAAGUUCCAAUUCUACAAUUAAUUAACUUUUAUUAGAAUAUGUAUACACAAUUCUUUUACAGAAUGUUAUAUAUGAUAAUGAAAUAUAGCAUCUAUGAUAUAAAACAUUAUUGUAAAAUAUAUUUAAUUCCUGAAAAA